UCAUUUUCACCAGCUGAACAAUUUGGUUACAAAAUAAAUCAGGUUAAGUUCUUUUGUACCAUCAAAGGGAAAAAGACGGCAUUUUUCAGUUUUACAAAAACUCUAAGUUUUAUCAAGAACAAAAUGGAUUUUGCAAGUACGUCAAUGCUUUAUCCGUCUAAAGAAGAAAUUCGACAAUGGGAAAAAUCUUUUGAAAGUCUAUUGAACCAUAAAUAUGGCUCUUUAAUUUUUCGGGAUUUUUUGAAGACGGAAUACAGUGUUGAAAAUCUUGACUUUUGGUUAGAAUGUGAAGAAUUCAAAAAAAUGAAAGAAGGAAAGAAAGCGACUCAACAGCGAGCUCGAGCUAUUUAUAAUCAGUAUAUAGCCGCACAGUCACCGAAAGAAGUAAAUUUGGACGCUGAUACAAAAGCGGCCACAAAAGCUGCGUUGGAAGAAGGGGCCAAGCCAAAUAUGUUUUCGUUGGCUCAAAGCCGAAUUGAGCACUUGAUGGAAAAAGACAGUUAUCCCAGGUUUCUGAAGUCUGAUAAAUUCUUAAAAUUGUUAAAUGAUGGGACUAUCACAGUUAAGGAUGCUCCAGCAAGCACGGAAAAUUUAUGCUCACUUAGCGCUUAG